UCUUUAAUUGAAGAGGGAACACUGAUGAAUUGCUGCAAACACGCGAGACUAGAAAAAUAAACAACGCGAGACUGUGAGGAGACAACGAAAGCGGAAGUAAAAAAAAAAAAACCUUUUUCUAGCAUACGGACCGCACAGACAAAUAAACAAGACGGAGAAACGCUGUAGACUGAAAAGUGAGUACCAAAACAGCAUUGAACAAAAGUAAACUAGCAAGGCUGAUACUAGUUUGAAUUGAAUAAACACUGAGGGAAUGACGGCCUAUGCCAAAACGAGACAAACCCAACUAAGUGAGCUCAAAGGGAUUAAAAACGGACUUUUAGAGCCCAAAACACCAGAAAAAAUGGCUGACUUCAAUCAUAAGCUGGAAAAAUUAUUGGAGAUCACUACAAAUUCCCAGAAAGAACUGGCUACCUUCCAGCAAGAAGUAACAGAAAGAUUAACUAGAAUGGAGGGAGAAAUGCACAACUUUAAAAAAGACCUCAGCCACAUAAAAAAAAUAGAAGACUCACUACACCAAAUUGUUGAAGACUUAAAGGGAAAAGAGAUAAGAAUAACAGAGGUGGAGGAUGCUGUAGAGAAUCUGAGGGAACAUAACUUACGCCAGGAUGACGUACUAGCGGUGCUAGAAUAUACUUUAAAGGAAAAAAUGCUUAGAGUGAGAGGGGUUCCAGAACUGGACAGAGAAGUAACCCUGAGCAGAAUUAUGCCCCUUCUACAGGAGGUCUGGGGUCUGACCAGAGAAGAAAUUCUUAAAGAGGUCGACCAGAUCUACAGGGUCAACACUAGAUCAUCCAGGAAUAAAAGCCAACCUAGAGACAUUGUUUUCAGCUGUGUGAGGCGGGACCUUCGGGAGGAACUACUUCGUGCAAACUCUAAAAAAAAUUACCAACUGGACGGUAAUAAAAUAAUAAUUAUGAAAGAGCUUCCUGUGUCCAUCCAGCAAAGACAAAAGGAUUAUCGGAGAAUGACAAGCUUUUUGAUGGACGAAAAAAUUAAAUACAGGUGGAUAAUUCCUGAGGGAUUAUCGUUCCUCUGGAAAGGAAAGAGGACAAAUAUAACCACAGUCCCCCAAGCGCAGGAAUUUCUGACCAAGACAGUGAGCCCUCCCUUACUGAAAACAAACAGCGAGAAUCGUUUUAGCAAGGUAUUGGAAGUCUGCAGUGAUCCCAAAGACAAACGAAUGGAUGAUCAAGAUGCAGCAAUUUCACAAAUUGGAUAAACUUUCCUUUUUAAUAAAUAACCGGUCACCAGAAUUCUACCAGCAAAUCUGGCAGCCCUGGUCGAACUACGUUUCAGUUUUUCUGUUAGACACGAAUUAGAAGGAAUAGAACCUAAAUUUUUUUUUUUUAAGUCAUAGAAACUAAUUUAAGGUUAUUAGUAUUGUAAGAAUUUUAACCAUAUAGUAUGUUAUGAGACAAGAUGAAAUUAAUCGUGCGCUUUUUAUUAAUGUGUUAGCUGGAGUGGAAGCCAG